AUGACCAUCCCUACCUUAAUUGCUAGGCCAGAUCAAUCACCACAUGCUGAAGUGAAGAGCUAUGGAUCGGGCCAGCUGAGCAGACCGGUGAAGCAGUCGGAGUUAGAGCACCCCGGUCACGAGGCUAAUGAGCUAGCAAGCUUAAGCACUAGGUCGAUAGAUAGAUCUUGGCAAUUGUAUAUAGCUGCUGUCUUUGGGAGUCUUGCCAGAGCAGCGAACCUGGUCAAUUCAUUCACCAACCCGAUCACUUAUGAGUUGUCAGUUCCCGCGCUCAAUCAAUUGCUAGGCCAGGUCAAUCACCAUCUUACUCGCCGUCUUACUCUCCAGGUCAGGUUUAUCGCGAUCUUCAUUGCGAUACGUCAUUUCAAUCGUUGUCUUAAUCGCAACUUCUGUCGCAAUCGCAAUAUCUGUGUUUGUUCAAAAGCCAGGUCAAUCACUAAUGGAAGUACCAUCUUAACCACCAUGUUGAUUACUAAAGUUGAAUGUUUUAGAAAGAGUUCUGGUGAGGUAAUAAGUACACGCUAA